GUGCGGUGCGGGGCGUUCCGUACUUAAAGCGCAGAUUACUGCACACACACGCACACGCACACACACGCACAGUGAUUUUUUUUGCAGGACUUGUGCAGCGCUUCGCAGAUCAUCCAAAAUGAGUGACAACCCAGUUAAGCAGGAGGUGCAGAACUUUGACAAGAGGUGUUUAAAAAAGACCAACACUGCGGAGAAGAACACUCUUCCGACACAGAAAGACAUCGAGCAGGAGAAGAAAGCCGGUGAGGGUGGAAAAUGAAGCCCAGAAUGGCGCCGUAGCUCUUCGUGUCUCCCUUUUUUUUAACCCUCCUUUUACUCUCCUUCUUUUAUGAGAUUUCGGCCCCCUUUAUAUUUUACACCGUAAAUUCUUGUUUAAAUCACAUGUCAGUCUAUGCACAUAAAGCAAGAGGGUGUGUCACCGCCGGGAUGGAUGGGCAAGCACAGCUAUGUAUAAUUACAGCUAUGCACAUUUACAGUAUACAUUUGAAUAUUAUGCAAACGUAAGCACAGUGUGUAUCUCACCAAUCAAUAACUCUGUCUUCUUUCCUGUUACCUGUUAAGAUGAGUUAUGCAGUAAAUUACAUGUAAAAUGAUAUUUUUGUUUAAAAAAAAUAAACAAACUAUGUUUUAAAA